AAAUUGAGUUGACAACCCUAAUCAGCUGCGGCAUUUCGGUCUAAAAUUCUUGGAAUUAAAUACGUGGCUCUGUUUAUCUCGCACAAAUUGGAGAAGUAAUGUCUGCUGGCAGGUAGCAGGCGCACCUGUUCAUACAAACUAGUUGCUAAAAAAAGCCCUACAAUGUGGACCUGCCUCUGCCAGCUCUGUUUCUAUCUACUCUCGACGCUUGCAGUCGCUGCGCUGUCGAUUGCGGCUCUGGUGCUCUACAAGACGAAGCCCUAUCCCAACAUCAAGCGGCACAAGGAUGAGGAGACCUUCCUGGACCCGCACACCAUUAAAACAGUGACUUUUCCCAGUCUCGAGGACUCGCCAAGUUUGGAGCUCAGUGUCAUCGUACCAGCUUACAAUGAGGAGCAGCGCUUGCCUUCUAUGCUGGACGAGUGCUUGGCCUUUCUGGAACAGAAAUCUGCUGGCACUCCCAAUUUCACAUACGAGGUCAUCGUGGUCAGUGACGGCAGUCAGGAUGCCACCGUAUCCGUCGCCUUGGGUUACUCGAAAAAGCACGGAGCAGAAAAGGUACGCGUGCUGGAACUCAUCGAAAAUCGUGGGAAAGGAGGUGCCGUUCGCAUGGGUAUGCUAAGUGCACGGGGUCGUAAUCUGCUCUUCGCUGAUGCGGAUGGAGCCACCAAGUUUCCCGACUACGAUAAACUGGAGGUGGCCCUCAAGCAAUUAGCUCCCGAAUGGCGAGACGAUGGCAUUGCCAUUGGAUCGAGAGCACAUCUGGAGAACGAUGCGAUUGCAACAAGGAGUUUCUUCAGAACAAUUUUGAUGCACGGCUUUCAUUUCCUCGUCUGGCUGUUUGCCGUGCGCUCCAUUCGCGAUACCCAGUGUGGCUUCAAGCUGUUCACCCGAACGACGGCCAGGAAACUCUUCACCAGUCUGCAUGUGGAGCGCUGGGCCUUUGAUGUUGAGCUGCUGUACCUCGCUGAGAAUUUGAAGCUACCAAUGUCCGAGGUUGCCGUUCGAUGGACGGAGAUCGAUGGUUCGAAACUGACACCAUUUUGGUCGUGGCUGCAAAUGGGCAGGGAUUUGUUCAUGAUCUGGGUGCGAUAUUUGGUGGGCGCCUGGCGGAUUGCCUCCAUACAGAAGAAGGAAAAGUGAUGUGGACUUGGAGGGCAUCUCAUUCCCAAUAUUAACUAGCAUUUUGUGUCGAACUUACUCCGCUGUCGUGCAUUACCAAAACUCUUUUAACUCUAAACUCUAUUUUUGUAGGCCUGAUAAAGUGUAACGAAUUCUAGCUAGUUAAGUACUUAAGUACAGUAUUUUUUCAAAUAAAAAAUAAUUGAUUUGAAU